CGUCAUCAGUCAUAAACGAGACCGCGUUUGGACUGUACGCGUUUUUUCGCUUACAUUAAAAACGUUAUCAAAACUUCAAUUAAUAUUCAAUUAACUUAAAAAACACCCAGCUAUCUGUGUUACAUUAAACCGUGUUUAAUAUUAUAUGUGUGCAACAUUGUCGUCCAGGAUUUUAUUUUAUAAUUUAUUGGCGAGCCAUGCGGACAUCACUAUCAGUACAUGCGAGAUCAACGGAGAGAACGCAUCUCUCAAACUAAGAUAUCUAAUCCGAUAAAGAAAUAAUCAACGUUCAAGUGAAAAUUAGAUCGAACGAGAGACGAAACAUUCGUCGGCCAUUUUGUGAUAUUGAAACUUGAAGUGGUUCGUGUUCGAUUUUCAAAAAUUACAAUAAUCCGAUCGUAGCGAUUCAUUGUUAAUUUCGUGCCGCGUUUAAACGCGUCGCUACUUUAAAGACUAGUGAAGUGAAGUGGUGUAGUAAACUUUUAAAGAUGGCAACUACGGGCAGUGAGAUGUGGCUGCAGUGGUUUGCUUGCUGCUACCAGCCAGCUGCGCAGGCACAGCGUACCCGGCGGAGAAUAGACAGAUCUAUGAUAAGUGCACCAACCAAUUUCCAACACACAGGACACAUCGGAUCAACCGACGUGGACAUGCCCUCAUCGCUGCUUCACUCCAUACAGAACCAGAUGCAAAGUAAGGGAGGCUACGAAAUGGCAUAUGGUGUUAAGGUUUAUUGAGCGAAGGCGUCAUUAUCAGAGACGUUUGUGACAAAACAGAGUGAAAAUAUUCUAAUAUGAUCUUAAUAUGUAUUUAUUAAAGAAACCUUUAGUUUUAAGUUUAGAUAGUUAUGUUUUGUUGUGUAUAGAGAAUAACACCGGAGACGAAAAUGUAUGAGUUACCUAAAUUUAGACGAUGCACACACAUAGCGGUUAUAUAUUUUGUACCAAAUAAGUAUAAUAAGUCAUUUACUAUUUGAAAAAGCAAAUUGUCUUAACACAAUCUUAUAAUUUAUCAAAAUUUGUAUAAUCACCCCAUUUGUGAAACGUAAAUUAUAAAGAAUUUUUGUCCUUACAUACUUCUACCUAAGCCAAAAAUUAAAAAAAAAAAGUAUCAAAACGAAUACUUUAAUUGGGUAUGUUGAUUAAAAAAGAUCAAUCGUGAAAAACAUAUGUACUAUAUAGAUUGCUGGUUAUGUAGUAAUAUUGUAAGGACGUUGACCAUGGGACGUGAUGCACCAACAGUAUAAGUAACCAUCUUUAUUUUCCACUAAAGAGAAUGUGUACAUAGCUUUGUAUUUUUAUGCUACACAUCACUUUAUAUUAUUUUACUCGUAAAUUGGUACCAUUGCCAAUUUUCGUACCUGUUACUAUAACUUAGUAACGGUACACGAAAUCGAUUAUUAAUAAAUGAAUGUUAGGUUUAUAAAUCUACGUUUUAUACGGAUAUGAUUUUUAUAAGAAGUUACUACAAAUACACUGCCGAAUUAGUAAAAUGUAUUCGAAGUUCGAAUAUGACUUAUUAAAUUAUUUGUAUUUGUAAACUUGAACGAAUUCGUAACGAGUAAACAUCAACAGUUAUACCAAAUUGUAGCUCCUAUAAUCCCUUAGGUAAACAUUCUGUGUGAGUUUUAAUAAGUAGAAGAACUUUUCUCAUGAAUAUAUAGAAUAAGAUGUCUGUAUUAUCUUCCACGUAUGAAAUUAGUCGUAGUUUGUUGUGAAUUUUUAGUAUAUUGUCUUCAUGCCCGAACGUUUUUGGGCAUACGAAUGACGAAGAGAUUACACCCCAAAACUACAAUAGAAGGAAGUUCAUUUAUAGUCUAUAGAGUUUUGUAUCUAUUUACAUCCUGUGUCGUUGCUGCAUUUGCAAAAACUAAAAUGAUAGGUAUUCUUAAUAGGGCCUUGUGCAAGCCCGCCUUCUUUUUCCCUCGCGUGAAGUGGUCUCACCGGCAUCGGUUACUACGUCUUUUCGGGGCGUCAGGGGAUCGCUAGCGCAUACUGCCAAGUUCGCAAGCUCGCCUUUGUGGGUACCACACUCUCGUCUAUUUUUCCACCGACAAAUAUUAAUAAAUUGUAGUGCUGUGAUCCGGUUUGAAGGGACAUAACAUCUAGGAUCCCGUGUUGAGCAACGCAUUGGCGACGGUAUAAGUACUUCUUGCACUGCAGAUGCAUAUAGCUCAUUCGCACGUAUAACAUGCGAAAAUAAUUUAAAAACAAUACGUAUGAUGCUCAAAAGAACACAGACUAUUUAUCGCUUAUGUUAUUCCUCGUUCGGUUUUUGCAAACGCAAUGACGAUACAAGCCAAACGCAUAUUUAGCAAAUCUGUUAUAAUUUUGUCAUUUUAUUGUUAAAACGACAAAGUUGCCUGUAACUCAAUAUAGUGAUAUAUACAUUGUAAUUAUAUUUGAAAAAAUAUGAAUUGUGAAAGAAUG